CUUGUUUAUUAUGAAUCAGCAGGUCUGACCUUUGUGAACAUCAUCAUGAAAACAUUUCCUGUUCUGUUUCUCUAGUGAAACUUUUGCAUGGAAACUUUUAUUUCUCAGCAGAAAACAGUAAAGUGUGAAUCAGUAAGGAAGUGUUGACGAUGUGCUGCUGCUCUGAGGUCAUGUGAUGUUUUCAGCUCUCAGCUGGUGGCAGCAGAGAGAGGAUGAGAUAAAAGCUGAUGACAGGAAGUGGAUCUGCCAGAGCGGCCGUUCUGAUGAUGUGGGGUUGUAGUGGCAGUGACCUCUGUGACCUCUGUGGCCCUGCUGGGUGUGUGAUGAUGAUGAUGAUGAUGAUGAUGCUGUGAUGCUGAGCAGGAGUGAGCUCAACGUGACGGUGACGGGGCCUCACCAGGGGGUCCUGGGCCUGGUGCUGUUCACCAUCGUCACCACGCUGCCAUGCUGCGCGUUCCUCUUCAUCAACCUCACCAUGCUGUACACGCUGCGCAGCCGGCCGCUGUUCAGAGAGGCGUCCCGCUACGUGCUGCUGUUCAACCUGCUGCUGGUGGACACCGUGCAGCUGUUCCAGAGCCAGUCCAUGUUCCUGCUGUCCGCGGUCAGCCUCGCGCUGCUGUACCCGGUGUGCGCCGCUCUCACCGCCUUCAGCAGCCUGACCCACUGCGUGUCCGUGGUCACGCUGGUCAGCAUGUGCCUGGAGCGGUACGUGGCGGUGUGCUACCCCCUCCGGCACAGCGCCAUCGUCACCCUGAGGAACACCGGCGCCGCCAUCGGGGUCAUCUGGGGCGUCAGCUCCUCCCACGUCAUCGUCCAGCUCAGCCUGAUGCUGUCCCGCUUCUCGGCGGCUGACCUGGGGGUCAUGCAGAUGGUGCACUACUGCGGGAAGGAGAGCGCCUUCAUCGACCCCGUGUCUGACCACUACGACAGAGCCUUCACCUACUUCCUCUUCCUGCUGGGGGCGGCCACCGUCUCCUUCGCCUACGCCGGCAUCAUCGUGGCGGCGCGCUCUGCGUCCACGGACAGAGCGUCGGCCGUGCGGGCGCGGCGCACGCUGCUGCUGCACCUGGUGCAGCUGGGCCUCAGCAUGUCCUCCACCGUCUACAACUCGCUGCUGAUCGUCAUCACCGGCAGCCUGGAGCGCGUCCCGGCCGUCCGCCUGCAGAUCGGCCUCUACAUGGCCGUCAUCAUCCUGCCCAAGUGCCUCAGCUCGCUCAUCUACGGCCUCAGAGACCACAACAUCCGGCCCGUCCUCGUCAUGAACCUCAUCUGCCAGUGCAGAGGCUCGGCUCUCCACACCAGAACCAGAACCAAGAACAGAAUCAGAGUCCAGCUCAGCUGA